UGCGAGGGAGUUGGUUGUUUUGGAGAGAGCGACAGGCAUUGUGUCGAGGCCUUGCUCGUGACCAGCAGUCGCCCAAGAAUAAGGAGAAAAAAGACCUUGCUGGAUUUGGUUUGCGGAAGAGAAUAAAGAUGCGCUCCGGGGGGGUCGAGUGCACGUGUCUUAGAGUUAAAGAGGUGAUAGAUCAAGUAAUACGGGAGAGUCGACGUGUGUUGGGGUUGAAGGGAGACACAAAAAGGAGGUUGCACAGGCCCAAGAAAAGCAAAGGUGUACGAGAACACCAUGAGGUACGGGUUGAGGACGACAGGGAACAAAACGUGCGACACGACCGCGAUCGCCAGUGGGACAAUGACCGUCCAGUUAUUGUACGGGAUCUGCCAGUCCAUGGGUACGGCAGGAGUGGCGAGUACAACCAUGGCGGCAAUGGUCGCGAUCGAGAGGAAGAGCGCGACGCGGAAACGUCUGAGGAUCUUGGGCACUUCGAGGAAAAAGUUGGAUCGUUCGACUUCCUUCUUGGUCGCUCCCCACUGGAUAUUGUACGAGAACAAGUGGGCGAGGAUGGCCUUGCUAAGAUGGAUCGACAAGCCACCAAAGAAGAUGAAGCUACAACUCAUCAGUAA